GUGUUGUGAAUGCAGGAAAUGAUUUAGUGGUCCUAGACCUACCGGACUGCAUGCGCAUGCGCGACGGUUUUCGCGGGACUGAAAAAGUACCCGGAUAGUUCUAGGAUUGAGUGAAUUGAGUUCUGCGUUGGCUGGCGAAGUGGCAACAUCGAGAUCAAGCUUUGAAACGACUUUGAAGAUAUUAGAGACAGUGACAGCAUAAAGACAGUGUGAAAGGUAUACAAGUUAUCUACCUUGAAUAUUUUAUUUCAGUUGUUUACAAGUGUACCAGGAUCACCAAAUAAAUUAUUUCUUGUAUUCUAUAUCAGAAAUAAUUGCGAAAAAUUAAUUUAUUGUACAUUUGUUCUGAGAUAGUUUACAGAAUUUCACAUAAAUUUUUGGUUUAUUUCUUGAAUGUGAAGUAAAAUAAAUUAAAGCAGCUGUGUCAAAGUAAAGUCUAUAUUAUUUAAAGGAGCUGUCUCAAGUAUUCAGUAAAUACAUUUGAUUUAAAGAACCUGUCUCAUAUAAGUCGAUUAACUAUUUUUUAAAGUAACUUUUUAAUUAAUAUUCGGUGUAUUCUAUACUCGAAUAAGUAAAUUAGUGGAAUUUAUUUUUUAAAAGCUACUUUUACAUAUAUAUUCGGUGUAUUCUAUACUCGAAUAAAUAAGCUUGGAUCAAUUUUCAAUUGUAUUCUAUACAUUGAAAAUUUGUGAUUACAUUGUGUCCGCAAUACAUUGACUGACUUAAGUUACCAUCAUGUCAACAUUUAAUGUAAACACAAUGACUAAAGAGGAGUUGAUGAAAUUGCCAGCUAUUGGUGCGAAAAGGGCAACAAGUAUAGUCCAGUUUCGACAAAUGAAUGGCAAGUUGACGAAAGAUGAUUUCAUCACCAUAAUGGCAGGUCAUCUUAACCCAGAUAUGUUGAAAUACAUUGAUUUUUCAACACCGGUAUCAACUCCGAGUACAAUAUCUUCAAGUGGGGGGGGAAGUGGAAGUGUUGCUGUGACAUUUACCACAAGUACCACGCCUGUUGCAGUAGUUUGCAAGCCAAUUCAUGUUGGUAGCAGUGCUACAACAACAAUUACAGUAAGUAGUACAAGUACGCCUACUGUAACUAAAGGAUCUAGACUUGCAGCUGGAUUUACCUUGCGAACGCCAGUUACUAAAGCAGUUUCGAAGGUAAUGACUACAUCAACUACAACCAGCAGCGUGAAAACCAAGGUAAUUACAGUUCCGGUUACCAAAAUAACCACUGCUGUGACGGUUGCAGCUAGUAGCACAUACACUACAGUGAGUGCAACCGGUGCAACACCAAUUAUGUCAGCCCCUACAUCUUUAACAAUACCAGAGAUGGAGGCACCACAAGAUACGCCACACAUUGAAGAUGUUUUGACUCAACUUCUUUCCUUAAGUCAGGGUAUGACUAGAAGAGAUUUAAUAGACUUGAUAUCUGCAUUACCAGAAGCAAAUGCAAGUGAUACGGAUGAAGAUUCUAUUGCAAUAGAUACACCUUGUACUUAUAGUACAGGUUAUAUGCACUAUCAAAUGGAUCCUUGCAAUACAGGUAUACUUGGUUCUUCUAGAACAAGGUUUACAAGUACGGUAGAUGAUGUCAAGCCUAAAUAUUUCAGUAACAGUGCAUCCAGGUCAUACAACACUAAAUUGGACACAAGGUAUGGCAACCCUAAAUGUAUAUCUCCUAAGAAAGAAUAUACAUCUGCUACUUAUGUAUAUGGAGAUACACAACAACAGUCGAGGUCAACUAAAGGGUCUUCUAGACAUUUAGAUAGAUAUGAAUGCCAGAAGAAAAGUUCAAGAAGAGACCAUCGAAGUUACCAUACCAGAUCAGAAAUGUCAAGUGAAAGUAGCGAUAAUAGUAGAAGCAGAUCAAUCGGUAGAAGAGAUGUUCAGUCCAGAUACAGUAGUGAUGGUAGAAAGAAUCGGGACAAGAUUGGUUAUAGCAAUCGGUCUUCUUCUAGAAACCGUUUGUCGAGAGAUGAUAAGUACAGUCGCAGAUCACGGUCGUCUUCUAGACACCAAAGAUCAAUGUCCAGAAGUCCGAGUUUUUCAAGGUCAAGAUCAUACAGAUAUAGGAAUAAAUCUUCAAGCAGCAGCAGUAGCUCGAGAUCUCGAUCAAGAGGCUAUGGUCAUUCAGGGUCAAGACGUCAUAAGUACGGGUCCCAUGAUAAGUAUUGCAAGCCAUCUAGACGACAUGACAGAAGUCGCUCUUCGAGUUAUUCUGAUCGAAGCAAGUUAGAAAAGAGGGGUAACCCGAAGGAACUUCCAAGUAUUUUGCGGUAUGAUGGGAAGACAAGCUGGUUAUCUUUUAAAGAACAAUUUGAAAGUUAUCGAGCUGUUUCGAACUGGACUGACAGUGAAAGUAAAGAUUACCUUACUUGGAGUCUUCAAGGUAAAGCGUUAGAUUUCUUCACGAUAACAAAUAAAGCAGGGCAUUGCUAUUCAUAUAAGCAAAUGAUGAAGAAAUUAGAGACCAGAUUCGGCGACCAGGAACUUACCGAGACGUCACGUGUUAAGUUCCAGCAGGCUAGACAAGCAUCAGAUGAAUCUUUAGAUGAUUGGGCAGAUCGAGUGCUGACACUUUCGACAUAUGCAUUUAAGGAUCUACCCGAAGAAUACAGAAUGCGAGAGGCAAUUUCGAAGUUCUGCCAAGGAUGUAUUGAUAGAGAAGCAGGAAAGCAUGCAUGUUUCGAACAUCCUAGGAGUAUACAGGCUGCACUUAACGCUGUGAAGCACCACCAGUAUAUCUCUGAGGCAGUUGAUGGCAAAAAGCAUUCCAGAAGAUCUAAAGAUGAUGUGUCAAUUAAUGCAGUAAAUACAUCAGCUGAAGCCAGGGUGGAACAAUUGCUGAACAAAGCUAUGGAACAGCUUAGCAGUAAAAUUCAGCAAUUGACUACAACCAAUAAAGAAACUGAAUCUAGGACAGGAAGAGGGCUAUCAUGUUUCUUUUGCAAACAAAGGGGCCACAUUAAGAAAGACUGUCCGGGAUUUAAAGAAUGGUUGAAGAAAAAGGGGCUAUCUAACACUACGGAAACAACAACGAAAUCCAGCAAAUCGUGAU